AUGGCGAUGAACGACGUCGACUGGGCGAAUAUCUUCGCCGCCUUGGGUGGAUCCGCGCCUGCUGGCCAACAGUCCCAUCCCCAAGCCCAACAUCCUCUCACCUCCCCCUCUUCAGAAGAGUGGCCCCCCGCCGCCGGCGUGCGACAUACCCACAGCACCUCGUCAAGCUUCAGCAUAGCCCACGACCCUCCCCGCGGCAUCGGGACGGCCGCGGACAUUGACCUCGGGUUCUACUGGCCCCAGUCGACCCAUCACGGCCAAGCUCACCCUCCUCCUCAUCCCCAUCCCCAUGCGCAGCAACAUGGCGAGUGGCCGUCGGCCCCCGGCUCGACCACCUCUUCCACCAACGCCGCUCCCCCGACCACAGCAGCGAGCAACCCUGCACCACCCCCGCCUCCCCCGACCACGCCGGCUACGACCCGCGCCGCGGCAAGAACCAGGACUAGAAGCGCCGCAUCCACGCACACGGCAAGCACGGGAAGCGGGAGCAACACCCCGCCCGCGAUCACGCCUGCUCUCACGCCCAUCGCUCCUGCGCCACCGGGCAACUCCCGGCGCGGGUCGACUGUGAACACUCCCGCAGCCGAAGAGGAGGAUGUUGAGGACAAGCGUGUCCGGAAUACUCUUGCCUCCGCCCGCUUCCGUGCUAAGAAGAAACUCCAGCUCGAAGCGACCGAGCGCGCGAUCAAGUCGCUCGAGGGCCAAGCCGCCGCGCUGGAGGUAGAGGUCGGCGACCUCAGGAAGGAGAACGGCCUCCUCCGCGACAUGGUCGGCAUGAAGUACCGCCUGCAACAGUAG